AGGGGCGGGAGUCGGCGCGGCUUCUCACUUUGGUGGCGGCGAUCGGGGCGGCGUGUGUUGCAGGCAGAGCAGCGAGGAUGUGCGGAAUCUUUGCUUACUUGAACUAUCAUGUACCUCGUACAAGAAGAGAGAUCCUGGAAACUCUUAUCAAAGGACUUCAGCGUCUUGAAUACAGAGGAUAUGACUCUGCUGGUGUUGGAAUUGAUGGCGGAAAUGACAAGAACUGGGAAAAUAAUGCACAUCAGAUCCACUUGAUCAAGAAGAGCGGGAAGGUCAAAGCACUGGAAGAUGAAAUUGAAAAACAAGACUCCAUAGAUUUGGACAUUGACUUUGAAGUACAUCUUGGAAUUGCGCACACUCGUUGGGCAACUCAUGGUGUCCCCAGCUCAAUCAACAGUCAUCCACAACGCUCUGACAAGAACAAUGAGUUCAUUGUUAUUCACAAUGGCAUCAUUACAAACUACAAAGACCUGAGGAAGUUUCUUGAAAGCAAAGGUUAUGAAUUUGAAUCUGACACUGACACGGAAUCUAUUGCGAAACUGGUCAAGUAUAUGUACGAUAACCGUGAGGAUGACAACAUCAGUUUUGCCACCUUGGUGGAGAGGGUUAUUCAGCAACUGGAAGGAGCUUUUGCUCUGGUAUUAAAAAGUGUCCAUUAUCCAGGUGAAGCUGUCUGCACCAGACGUGGGGGCCCUCUGCUUAUAGGUGUGCGAAGUGAGCAUCGACUUUCAACUGACCACAUACCUGUACUGUAUCGCUCAGCUAAUAUUAAAAUGGAUGACAAAUCUGAAGAAUGUGGAAGCAAUGCCAAAGAUAAGAGCAGCUGCAGUCUACCUCGUGCAGACAGCACCACCUGCCUAUUUCCAAUGGAGGAAAAAGCUGUUGAGUACUACUUUGCUUCAGAUGCCAGCGCUGUGAUUGAACAUACCAAUCGAGUAAUCUUCCUGGAGGAUGACGACGUGGCAGCCGUCGUGGAUGGACAUCUCUCCAUUCACAGGAUCAAUCGCAGAGCGGGGGACCAUCCAGCUCGAGCCAUCCAGACCCUACAGCUGGAGCUGCAACAAAUCAUGAAAGGCAAUUUCAGCUCAUUUAUGCAGAAGGAAAUCUUUGAGCAGCCUGAGUCUGUGCUGAAUACAAUGAGGGGAAGAGUCAACUUUGAUGAAUAUACAGUAAUUCUUGGUGGCCUGCAAGAUCAUAUCAAAGAGAUUCUGAGAUGUAGACGCUUGAUCCUCAUUGCCUGUGGGACAAGUUACCAUGCGGGUGUCGCUACUCGACAGGUGCUGGAAGAACUUACAGAACUGCCUGUCAUGGUUGAGCUUGCUAGUGACUUCCUGGACCGAAACACUCCUGUCUUCAGAGAUGACGUCUGUUUCUUUCUCAGCCAAUCAGGGGAAACAGCUGACACUUUGAUGGCACUGAGGUACUGUAAGGAGCGGGGUGCUCUGACUGUGGGUAUUACAAACACAGUUGGUAGCUCUAUCUCUCGUGAGACAGAUUGUGGUGUCCAUAUCAAUGCCGGACCUGAGAUUGGGGUUGCCAGCACAAAGGCUUAUACCAGCCAAUUUAUCUCACUGGUGAUGUUUGCACUUCUGAUGUGUGAAGACAGAAUUUCAAUGCAGGAGAGGAGAAAGGAAAUUAUUCGAGGUCUGAAGGCACUGCCAGAUCUUAUUAAGGAGGUUCUGACUCUGGACGAGGAGAUACAGGAACUGGCAAGAGAACUGUACCAACAGAAAUCUGUUCUCAUCAUGGGCCGUGGUUAUCACUAUGCCACUUGCCUUGAAGGAGCUUUGAAAAUCAAAGAGAUCACGUACAUGCAUUCAGAAGGCAUCCUAGCUGGAGAGCUGAAGCACGGACCAUUGGCCCUGGUGGACAAGUUGAUGCCCGUCAUCAUGGUGAUCAUGAGGGACCACACAUAUACCAAGUGCCAAAACGCACUGCAGCAAGUAGUUGCACGGCAGGGUCGACCAGUGGUCAUCUGCGACAGGGAUGAUUAUGAGACGAUAAAGAGUGUUAACCGAGUAAUUAAAGUGCCUCACAGUGUGGAUUGCCUGCAGGGGAUCCUCAGUGUCAUCCCACUUCAGCUUCUCUCCUUCCACCUUGCCGUCCUACGAGGAUAUGAUGUUGACUGCCCACGAAACCUGGCCAAAUCAGUGACUGUGGAAUGACGAGAUGCUGCGGGGUCUACACAAAAGGCGGAAGGCCAAAAGAUUUUAUAACCAGAACAUUCUUAACUUUUUUUUAAAUAUAUAUUUUAAAAAGUACAUAAACCCACUGGCAUAGGUCUUUCUAUUUUGUAUUUAGUGUAGUGCAAUUACAGUGGGCCACAUCCAUUCCUGAAUCAUUAGAUCUAGAGGGAAACUUCAUAUGCAGUGGGCUCUUUUCUACAUUUUUUUUGUUGUUUAUGUUAUAUUUUAUCUAUAUUUUUUGUCGGUGUUAUGACUGGGCCUCAGAUUAGUUUUUCCAUUUGUUUCUUGCUGUUCCUCAGUGGUCUCCUGGGGAUGAAGCUCUCUGGUUGCAGAGCAGGGAGCACUCAUCUCUUGUUGAGAGAGCUGUUCUUCAUGAGUGAUGCAACUAAUAUUUUUGGACCAAUUAUUGACUGAGCAUGUAAAUAUAAAUUGGAAUGAGGGUUGCGAAGGGGAUUGGGGUUCACCUGUCGAGUUGGGAUGGGAAAUAAGCUGUUGUACAGAUUGAUAGAGCUAUCUUUGAGAAAUCAUGAUUCACAGCCUGGAUUGAGAGAACCAUCUGAUGACAUCUCACAGACAAGUAUCUCUAGCUCCAUGUCAGCUUUGUGGCAAUUGCCUCAGCUUUUCUGAUAAAUGAAGAGGUUUGCUGCUCACAGUGAUGAUUCUGGAUGCAAAUAAUGUCUAAAUUGUCCUUCUGAAAUAGCAGUAAAUACAGACUUUAUAGUUAACCAGCUUGUUGAAAAUGGCAAGUGCUGUGUGAGGUAUGAAGGCAGUUCACUCACUGGAACAUCCCCUCACCACCACCAUCUCCCCACACGAAAUACUUCCCUUCGAAAUGUUGAGAGAAACACAGAUUGUUGAAACUGACCAAUGAUUGUUUAGGCUCAAACUGAGACACCGCAUGGAAACUACGCAUUAUUUAUGAUGGCUUAAUACUUUAUACUGUGACUUUUAAUUUAGUGGGCUCUUCAGUGAAUCUAAUGUUUGCAGCACAGAGUGUGAAAUAAUCUAUGGAAGUCCCUGGCUUCUCUUUAGAAAUGUGAAUCAGUAAAAAUUCAAAUAGAUGAAAAUUGGAUGAUGGCAAACUUUUACAAUCAUAUUAAUAUUAAAAUUUAUCCAAGGAUAAUUUUGUCUACCUCCUUGGAUAAGCAAUGAUUGCGUGGGGUCAGUCUACUCUGAAGCAGGCUUGUCUUUUAGCAUCUGGCCAUAGCUGGUUAAUUAUGAUGUGACUCAAAUGCAUGAAGAACUUCAAACUCCAAUGUACAACCAGGCAUUGCUUCUGGGCCUGCCCCUUCCAAUCAAUGCUGACCUUAUUACGUAUUGCUCAUAACUGGAAAAAUUGAAGGAAAACUUGGCUGUAUUGUUCUUUUAUGUAAAUAUUUCAAAGGGGUUGAGUAGAACAAACCCUGGCUGCUUCUGAACUCUUGAGUCAUUUGAGGUCCUGACACUACUGGACGUUGGUACAGUGAGCACUGUGAAACUGGUCUGUGGGACACCAAACAAUGUUGAGUGAUGGGGAGGGGUGACUGGAAAGGAGCCUCAGAUCAGAAGAAUUUUCCUUUCACCAUGUCCACCUCAUUGCCAUCUCCAUCCAGCAUUCACUUGUAGGUUUUAGCAUUGUGUUCACCUCUCCUAUUGACAGUUUGGUUCACUUCCAGUAUAAAAAUUGAAUAAACUGGAGUCUGCUCUGGGACUGGAUUGUGGGCAAGAAUUUCAGUAAAUGAAUGGAUUGAAGUGCUUACUUGAACUAGUCUAUACUCCAUAAUCUUGUAAAGUUACCUAAUGCAGUUGAUUAAUACCCCUCUUCACCAUUCUCCAUUCCUGUUUCAGUCUCUCAUCUCACCUUCCUCUGGUGCUCAUCCUCCUUCUCUAGCUCUUUAUCUCUUUCACCAAUCAACUUUUUAGCUCUUUACUUCACCUCUCCCUCUCUCCCAGUUUUACCUAUCACUUGUCACCUCUCCUUUGUUCCUCUUCUGCCCCCCCCCCCCACCAUCUUACUCUGGCUUCUCCCCUUCUUUCUCGGUCCUGAUAAAGGGUCUUGGCCCGAAACGUUGAUUGUUUACUCUUUUUUUAUAUAGAUGCUGCUGACCUUCUGAGUUUGUCCAGCAUUUUGUGUGUGUGUGUUGCAGUUGACCUGUUACACCUUUCCACCUGUUUAUUAGUGAUAGAGCAGAGAUAGAUGGUCCUUUGCAGGCAGAUCAUCAGUGUUAUUGUGAACUUCUGCCUGCACAGUGAGAUGGAUACAUGGAUAGGAAAACUAGGAAUAUGGGCACAGGCAAAUGGGAUUAGCUCAGCCGGAUAACUUUGGGUGGGGCAGCAUGGGCGAGCUUAACCAGAGGGCCUGUUUCUGUGCUGUAUGACUCUGAUCCUGUCACCCCUAUCUCCCCCCCCCCCCCCAGGCUGACUUGCUUUGUCAAUUAAUGCAGGGCACAGUUGGUAAGUGGGUAGACUAAACUGUUUGAAAUACAACUGGCAGAGUUGAAUAUGCUCUUUUAUUCACACAACUAAGUGUAUCCAGAGCUGUUUUAAAAAAAUUUUUGUCCCUGUUUCCAUUCCUAAAUUUGCUUGGAUUGACAAAUGAUCCAGGCUUAUCCAUGUUCAGCUGGGGCAAGUGUCUGCGUGGUUCUUUGCACUAUGUGGUGUUUCACAUAACACCGGAGUCUCCUCAACUGUUCAAAUUCAAUGAGUGCCUGCUGCCCCUUCUCUAGAUUUGGUAGACCAGUUCUUAUUGUGGUUCUGCACUUUUAAUUGUGACCAUGGGAAUGUGAGGCACAGUGGCCCAAUACUGCAAAAUGCAGUCAGAGGAGUGGUUUUGAUUGUUGCUUUGGGGUGUUCUCUGUGGAAGUAGAAUUCAUUUUGAUUACUAUCAGGUGGAAUAAUAAAUAAAUUCACCAUGUAGUGUUUGAGACAGUGGGCCCGAGGCUGUAAUUUUCUGCAUUAUGAAGGUAUGAAAGCCUGGCUUGACAGCAUGAAGAACAAUUUUAGUAAUACAUCAGUUUGUUUUAGGGCCAUGUACAUUUUCCAAUUGUUUUCCCAGGAAAUUGAGUUAUUUAGAUGCAGAAAUGUUUAUUGUAUAACUUUGUAUUCAAGCUAGAGUGGCGUCUGGACUCAUCUCUGUGUUCUGCUCAUUCAGGAGCGGCGUUAAUCUGGUUCAUUUUCCAGUGCAGAUUUAUCCACUUUUGAAGGCAGACUACCAUUGCUGGUUUGUUUAAAACCUACCACUCAGACCCACAUUCAGAUCCUCUCACCAUUGCCAAACAAUCUUCCAAGGGCAGCAUGGUAACGUAGUGGUUAGCACAGUGCUGUAGUACGGUACAGGCCCACCACUGCCUACAUACGGAGUUUCUACGAUCUCCUUCUGAACCGUGUGGGUUUCUUCCAGGUGCUCCAGUUUCCUCCCACAGUCCAAAAACCUACUAUUUGGUAGGUUAAUUGGUCAUUGUUAGGCUAGGAUUAAAGUCGGGAGAUUAACGCCGCUCCUGAAAGUCGUGGCCAGAAGGGCUUAUUCUGUGCUGUAUCGCAAUAAAUAACUAAACCAGUUCAGUCAUGUAAGAGCUGUGAUGCCUGUCUUCUGGAAUUGAGCAUCUGUCUUCCACUGUAUCUGAGACUGGUUGCCACAGUAGCUAGGUCAGAAAAUCAGCCACGUUUUCCAUACUGAUAGAAGCAGUCCAUAUAGGGCAGGAGUUUCCAACCUUUUUUAUGCCAUGGACCCUUACCAUUAACUGAGGGGGUCCAUGGGCCCCUGAUCUAGGUUAUGUUGCAUUUAACCAGCUUUUAAGAUAUCAGGUUGCCUGAUUUUGAAACUUUCGGAUAGUGGAACACAAUGAGAUCAGUAAUGUUAAGGUUUCUCCCAGAAUGUAUAGAAAAUUGUAAAAUACCGAAUGUGCAUCAGAAUUGAAACAAUUCAUCCUGGAUCACAAUGACUACAAAAAGUGAUUUCUUACAGAAUAAGAAAGACUGUGUAGGCAGCUUUCAAGAUUUGCAUUGUCUGUCAUCACAGAGCUCAUCACUGGCCUUAUUGGCUCAGUAUAUGAAGAAGUUGAUUUGGGAGUUGGGACCAAUAACAAGGUGAAGCUAAGUCUUUGUGCAAAUGGAUGUUGGGCUAAUCCAUAGGUACUCCCUGCUUCCGUCACCAAAAAAAAAAAAAUCCCAGGUGAUCAAGUUUGAAUAGCAGUGCACAAUCUGGAAUGUGUGUGUGUAUUCUGGUUGCUAUGUCUAAUCUAAACACAAAAUAACAUGAGCAACAAUAAUCAUGCAAUUUUAAAAAGUUAUUUAAGGAACUUAGUUCCUCUUAAUGCUGUCAAUGUCAUCAUGAAUGCAAUGAUACUUUUGUAGAUGUAGUGAGCUAUAGCACUGGUGCAUUUGUUCAAGAGUACAGGGCUGUGCAGAUAUUUUCUGGGUCUAGCAGUCCAUUUCCCACUGCACCAAAAUGAAUUAACCUGAGAGGACAAUAUGUUCUGCUAAGCAAAACCACAUUUUUCACUGACUGCCACUUCCAGUUUCCUUGUAUGAUAACACACCUGAACAUUUAGAGUCUGUGGUCCCACCAAAUUACAGAAAUGUCUUUGGGGAACGUGUCAAAUUAGAACCUUUUAUAUGACUGCCGCUCCAGCUUUCAGAUUACUAUUGUGGUACUGUUCAGAGCAAUGACAAAGCAUUUUGAUCCAACCAUAUCUGCAUAUCAUUGGGAUAAUGAAUUUCACCAAAGGCAAACUGCUGCUAUGUGAGACAUUGUUGGGAAAUAGAAUAACUGUUUAUAUUUUGUAGAACAAUUAAGAAGUUAAGUGUUAUUGGUCUGGUCUGAGAGAAUGGUGUAACAGAUGAUUGUAUUCCGCAGUGAUGAUUGCUAUCAGAUAAUAUAGACUGUUGUUCCUUGUAUUUUCAAAUGUGGCAUAUAAGAAGCAAAUUAUCAGUAUACAUUAACAGCCAGAUUCCAGAGUUGAAUACAUUCCAUCCGUACGUUGGGCAUUUCUUACUAAAUUCCACUUUUAGUGUCUGAAUUGUUAUGUGUGCAGCAUUAAAACUGCCCCUAACUUGGCACUGGGAUUGUUGCUCACAUAGAAGGAUAUUUGGAAUGGGAAUUGACUACAAGUGCAUUUGUCACGUUAAGUGCUCUUGAGAUUGAUUGAGGCUUGUACUGUUGGAGAAGAAUGAGGGAGCUUUUCUCUGCAUCUGGCUAUUAUUACCUCACAUAGGAGUACUUAACCCUACUUGACCAGCAGAGAGUGCCUUUCACCAGCACCAACAUCACUCACAUUCAUAUGUUCCAAGUGUCCUAUAAAUUCCUUGAUUUUCGCCAUAGGUUUAAAAAUCCCUGUGAAUCAGUCUACAGAAAAUAGGACCAUGGGUUCACUGCACAAUGCUGUUGGAACAAAAUCUAUCAUUUUUAUUUGAGUAUGUGAAUGGUAAUCCUCAGCAUCCAUUACUUAAAAAAAAAUUCUAUAUUCUUGAGGUGGAAUUAAAGUCACAACCCUGGACUAGAGCUUGUAUUCCUAUGUGGCAUCGUGGCACAAAUAUUAACUUUACAAGUUAAUACAGUUGUUAAGGACCUUUGGGUUCAUCUAAACAUAUCAUCGGUUAAGAAAUUUCUAUAAUUUGAUGAAAAUGACUUGUCCAGUAUUGAUGCAACUUAUUGCUCCUUAUGGCAUCCACACUAUAUACAUUGCACAUGGCCAGGUGAAUAACUUAAUAAAGGGGUACCUUUUAGCUUUGUGUAGCUGCUGAUUAAGGAGGUACUUUGCUUGUUUUACUGUGAAAGGAAUGAUAGAAUCUUCUAUUUGCUAAUCUCGUUUGUCUCAGUAAUUUGUCUUUGUGAUUAGCUCCUGCGGAAACUGCUUAUGUGAACUAAAAUCUUGUAAGUGUGCACCAUAGACUAUUUUGGUUUGUAUGAUUUUUAAUAAAAAGUACAUAGAGAUAUUCUUCAAAACUA